ACAGAGUCUGGCUCUGUUUCCCAGGCUGGCGUGCGGUGGUGUAAUCACAGAUGACUGCAACCUCUGCCUCCUGGGCUCAAGCAAUCUUCCUACCUCAGCAUGCUGAGUAGCUGAGACUCCAGGAAAUAGAAAACCACCUUGAUAAGGACACAGAAGGCUAUGAUGUGGUGCUUGAUGCUGUAGACGCAAUGCAGCGAGUCGCCUGGCACAUCAGUGACAGGAAGCGGAAACAUGAGCACGCAGUCCAGUUACAGUAAAUUCUAUGAAACUCUCACUGCUCCACCUAACAAACUUCUCCUCGUUAUCGUGGUUCUCACCUGCUUCAGACUUUGGCCAAUAUACGUAAGUGAAGACAGAGAUGAUGACACAGAAAGAAGGUCCUCACCAGACGCUUGCCUUUGUAUCUUGGAUUUUCCGGUUUCCAGAACCAUAAAGAAUCUCUGCAAAUUGCCCAGUCUCUCAUACUCCAUUAUAGCAGCACAGACUGAAUGGAAAUAUACAUGUAUUGCAUUUGAAUGAAUAUUAGUAAGAAAUUAAACAUUCAGCACAAUAAAGGGAUCUUUGAAUGAGCACUGAGUCCCUCUGAGCAAGGACAUGGACAGAUGUUAUGUAAGAGAAAGAACUGGACCAGAACUUUGAGAGCAGAAAGCAUCAAAUAUUCUACAGCUUGAGCCUUCUGUGAUGAUAGUAGUAGGAGCUGAAGAUUCAUAUGUUUUUGUUAUCUUAGAUGGUGAAUUGGACUCCACUAAUGGAGGGGCUUAAGGCUCCGGCUGAGUGAAGUCAUUUCGUCACUUUCCAUUUUGAAGAUGCCUCCUGGUGGGGCUGCUUCUGUUGAUGCAGCUCUUAUGCCGAAGUUGACUUCCAGGACAUAUGAGCCCCAGUGAACAUAAAAAACCAUCUCAGGUAGUAAAGGAGAAGUUUCACAAAUCCCAACAUUGGGGCUUUUGCAACAAUGUUAGGAUGUUGGUGAGUGAUGAAAAGCCUGGAAUAGGAGGAGCACCACUUCCAGGGCAAAAGAUAAAGCCGAAAUAUAGCAUAUAUCCUAAAGGAGAUGGAAGUGAUGUACCAUCAUGGGUAGCCUUUGAUAAACAGGUAUUAUCUUUUGAUGCAUAUUUGGAUAGAAGCCAAACCAAGUACAGAAUAAGAUACUACAAAAUCUACUUCUACCUUGAAGAUGACACAAUUCAAGUAAAUGAACCAGAGGUGAAAAAUAGUGGAUUGCUUCAAGGGACUUUUCUCCGGCGUCAUCGGAUUACUCUUCCGCCUCCUGAUGACGAUCAGUUUUAUACUGUGUAUCAUUUUAAUGUCGGCACAGAGGUUGUCUUCUAUGGCUGGAAAUUCAAGAUUUAUGACUGUGAUGCAUUCACAAGAAACUUUUUGAGGAAAAUAGGGGUCAAAGUGAAUCCCCCAGUACAACGUCCAGAAGAUCCUUACGUGAAGAUUCGGAGAGAGGCUGUAGAACACGUAGAGCCCUUACGUCCCUACAAAUCCCUCAACACCCCAAAACAGUUCUACCAGUAUCAUGGCAAGAUUUUGCGUUUCUUCUGCCUGUGGGAUGACUCAGUCUCGAUGUUUGGAGACCGUAGAGAACUCAUCCUGCAUUACUUCUUGUGUGAUGAUACUAUUGAAAUCAAAGAAUUGCUUCCACCCAACUCAGGCCGAGAUGCUGUCAACGUGUUCCUCCGGAGGAGUAAGCUGCCCAAGAAUUGCCCACCUAGAGUCUACCAACCAGGCCAGGUAACAGAUCGAGCAGUUCCCAAUUCAUAUGGUGACUUUAUAAAGAACCAAGCGGGUAGCUACCUGUUCGAUAGAUAUAAGCUAGGAAAAAUAGACCAAGAGUUUUACAAAGAUAGUGACCUGUCCCUAGGAGUCACCAUCAAUGUGUGGGGAAGAAAAGUGCUCCUUUAUGACUGUGAUGAAUUUACAAAGUCUUAUUAUAAGUCUAAAUAUGGAAUUGAGAACUUUACUUCGGUUUCGUGCAAGCGUCCUUCUCCUCCUCCAAAAAUAGAAAGGAAAUUUCCACCUUACAACGGUUUUGGUUCUGAGGAGGAUUCUCUCCGUAACUGCAUAGACCUCAGGCCCACACCUCAUCGGAGGAACUUCAAGAAGUUUAUGGAAAAAGACAGCUAUGGCUCCAAAAGCAAUAUACUCCGUUUUUUUGCAAAACUAGUCACAGACAAAUCUGUUGACUUGGACAGGAGGUUUGUUGUUUCAUAUUAUCUCAGUGAUGACACCAUUUCAGUGUUUGAACCUAUACAGAGGAAUUCAGGAAUUGCUGGUAGGAUGUUCUUGAAAAGAAGUCACGUUAAGAAGCCUGGACAAGAAGUCUUUAAAAGUGAACUAUCUGAAUAUAUCAAGGCCGAGGAUCUGUACAUUGGAGUCACAGUGAAUGUGAAUGGUUACCUAUUUCAUUUGCUCAAUGCUGAUGAGUAUACCUUAAACUACAUGGAGCAGAAUGCAGAUAAGUAUCCUUUCAGUAACCUCAGACUUAUCCUACAAAAGCUGAAGCAAGAAGAAGGAAAAUUCAGAGAGCUCAAGCAGGUAUUUAAAGCUGCUGACUGUAAGCACACAAACAUGAUGGAUUAUAAUACAUUCAGAGACAUAUUGAUGUCUUUGACUGUUGGAAACCUCACAGAGCAAGAAUUUGUAACCAUUGCAUGUCACUACCGUGCACCUGAGGGCACAUGUCCAGAUACGAAUUUGUUAAUUGCACUGGCCCAUGAAAAGUUAAAGAAAAAUAUGUUUGAGGAUUUCGACACUUUGAUUUAUUCCUGUGUGUAUAAAGAUCGACAAAAAAAAAAUGUAUUACCCACCAAAGACAUUAAGAGGCUGUGCAAAUCCUUCAGAUUACCUUUGAGUGAUGAUCUUCUAGAAUCCUUAUUGUCAAGGUUUGAAGACAGUGAAAAACAAAUAGAUUAUAAGUCAUUUUUCUCUGCCCUGAACUGGAGAAAGAAUCCAGUGCCUGAAUUGCAACCAGCAUCAUACCUUAAAGAGAGAUGUGAAGAUGUUUGGCUUGGUAUGCCAUCACCUAUUCCUGCGAAAUACAUUGACUACUGGACCUUUUUGAAGGACGUGUUUGGCUUAGAAAAAACCAUGCCAGUGUCGGUCAGUUCUCUAUGAUUUACUUCUCUCGUUUUGCCACAUUUACUUUAGUAGAUAUAAUUUCAUUGAAAACAAAAAGCUGAUAGGCAAGUUCAGCCAAGUCUGAGGAUACAAAACCAAUGUGCAAAAAUCACAAGCAAACUUAUACACCAAUAACAGAGAAACAGAGCCAAAUCAUGAGUGAACUCCCAUUCACAACUGCUUCAAAGAGAAUAAAAUACCUAGGAAUCCAACUUACAAGGGAUGUGAAGUACCUCUUCAAGAAGAACUACAAACCACUGCUCAAUGAAAUAACAGAGGAUACAAACAAAUGGAAGAACAUUCCAUGCUCAUGGGUUGGAAGAAUCAAUAUCAUGAAAACGGCCAUACUGCCCAAGGUAAUUUAUAGAUUCAAUGCCAUCCCCAUCAAGCUAGCAAUGACUUUCUUCACAGAAUUGGAAAAAACUAAAGUUCAUAUGGAACCAAAAAAGAGCCCACAUCGCCAAGUCAAUCCUAAGCCAAAAGAACAAAGCUGGAAGCAUCACACCACCAGACUUCAAACUAUACUACAAGGCUACAGUAACCAAAACAGCCUGGCACUGGUACCAAAACAGAGAUACAGACCAAUGGAACAGAACAGAGCCCUCAGAAAUAAUGCCACAUACCUACAACCAUCUGAUGUUUGACAAACUUGAGAAAAACAAGCAAUGGGGAAAGGAUUCCCUAUUUAAUAAAUGGUGCUGGGAAAACUGGCUAGCCAUACUUAGAAAGCUGAAACUGGAUCCCUUCCUUACACCUUAUACAAAAAUUAAUUCAAGAUGGAUUAAGGACUUAAAUGUUAGACCUAAAACCAUAAAAACCCUAGAAGAAAACCUAGGCAGUACCAUUCAGGACAUACGCAUGGGCAAGGACUUCAUGUCUAAAACACCAAAAGCAAUGGCAACAAAAGCCAAAAUAGACAAAUGGGAUCUAACUGAACUAAAGAGCUUCUGCACAGCAAAAGAAACUACCAUCAGAGUGAACAGGCAACCUACAAAAUGGGAGAAAAUUUUUGCAACCUACUCAUCUGACAAAGGGCUAAUAUCCAGAAUCUACAAUGAACUCAAACAAAUAUACAAGAAAAAAAAAAAACCCCAUCAAAAAGUGGGCGAAGGACAUGAACAGACAUUUCUGGAAAGAAGACAUUUAUGCAGCCAAAAGACACAUGAAAAAAUGCUCAUCAUCACUGGCCAUCAGAGAAAUGCAAAUCAAAACCACAAUGAGAUACCAUCUCACACCAUUUAAAGUGGGGAUCAUUAAAAAGUCAGGAAACAACAGGUGCUGGAGAGGAUGUGAAGAAAUAAGAACACUUUUACACUGUUGGUGGGACUGUAAACUAGCUAAACCAUUGUGGAAGUCAGUGUGGCGAUUUCUCAGGGAUCUAGAACUAGAAAUACCAUUUGACCCAGCCAUCCCAUUACUGGGUAUAUACCCAAAGGAUUAUAAAUCAUGCUGCUAUAAAGACACAUGCACACGUAUGUUUAUAGGGGCACUAUUCACAAUGGCAAAGACUUGGAACCAACCUAAGUGUCCAACAACGAUAGACUGGAUUAAGAAAAUGUGACACAUAUACACCAUGGAAUACUAUGCAGCCAUAAAAAAUGAUGAGUUCAUGUCCUUUGUAGGGACAUAGAUGAAGCUGGAAACCAUCAUUCUCAGCAAACUAUCGCAAGGACAAAAAACCGAACACCACAUGUUCUCACUCAUAGGUAGGAAUUGAACAAUGAGAACACAUGGACACAGGAAGGGAAACAUCACACACAGGGGACUGUUGUGGGGU